AUGCAACCAGGCAGACCCCCGCCCCGAGCGCCGGGGAGUUUCUCCCCGUUGCUGUCGCAGAACCCACAGUUCGGACAGGGUCACCAACCGGCGGCCUCGACGCCUGCCGCUGAGCCUCGCCCGAGCUCGAGGCGAAUGGAGUCAGUCUCUUCUACUGAGGAUUCAUCAACAUCCUCGCAAACGCCCGUGGCUGUGUCAGCGUCCGUAUCCGCCGCAUCUGCGUCCUACUAUCCCGGCAGCAAUACCGGUCCCAACAACCGUACGCCUUCCACCGCGAACAGCGGACAACAACAGCAACACCAACAAGCGCAAGCGCACAUCGCGAGCAGCAUCACCAGCAGCGUCCACAACCAGACGCCAAUCUACGCCAGCUUCACCUCCCAGGCCAAUUCCAGCACCAACAGCCUCCACAACUUCUCCAGACCGUCCACGGCGAACCUAUCGCCGGCAGCGGCUGCAGCUGCAAGGUCCGUCGCAGCUGCUUCUUCGUCCAACUACAACAAUGAUCUGCCCCGAGGCUCCUCGCCCUUGACCCUUCCGCCUGCCGUGAAUAACAAUAACAACAACAACAACAAUAACAACAACAAUAACAACAACAAUAACAACAACAAUAACAACAACAAUAACAACAACAACAACAACAACAACAACAACACGUUGGGCCCCAACAGCGCCACCAAGACUGGUGGGUACUACCACUCCAGGAAACACUCCCAGACCGCACCGGGCUCCUUCGAGGCCGUGCUGCCCUCGACAUCUGCUAGUAACCUCCCCCACAUCGCUACAAUGGCCGCGACUUCACCUCCUCCGCGGGAGCAGCUCAGCGCCAGUCAUAUUGCCGCACAGGCCGCCGUCAUGCACCACCAGAACAGAGACCAUACUGCCCAGCAAUUACAGUUGCCGAGUCAACAGCAGCAGCAGCAGCAACAUCAGCAGCAACAACAGCAGCGGCAACGGUCCCAGACCGUGCCUACGCCCUCUCCAGAAGAUGGCCCUCCACCCCAGCAGGGCCUCAAGAGAACUAGCGGAGGGCCAUUGAGUCCGCCGAUGCUCAGCCUGACCGAGGCCAGCGCACCUCGGGAUACUGGCUUCAGCGGCGGUUAUCAUCACACCUCAGCAGCACAGGCGGCCGCGAGCAUAGUCUUUCCGCGGUCCGCGCCACAACAACCCGCACCCCAGAUCCAAGUCCCUCCGCCGCCUCCACCCCCGCCGCCGCCCAUGCCAGUCAGGCAGGAGAAAUCCAAAGUGAAGCUCUUCUCGCGGCCCGGGAAGAUUUAUACAAAGGGCGACUCCAAGGACAAGCCGCAGCCGAGCCCAGGCAAGAUCGGCACGGCGUUGUCGAACCUUCAACGGGGUAACUUUAGCACAACCAGUCUGGAGUCGUCCAAUGCCUCAUUUUACAGCCUCGGUAACGCUUCCGCCGCGACGAUACGGCCGAGCGAGACUCCGAUCGAGGAGAAAAAUAAGGAGAAGCGACACUACUUCCUGUCACGGCCGAAACACAAGGGCAAGGACAAUGAUGAGUAUAACCUGCCGCUUUCGUCCGCAAAGAGCAACUCCCGGCCGACAGAUCCGAGCGCCCCGAGCAGUCUCUACAACUUCAACAUCCCGGCCAGCCCUGCCUCAGGAUCGACCUCGUUCAAAAGCAUGAGUGGGUUAGAUCUCCGACAUGGUGGGCGUGCCUUUAGGGAGAAGCGCAAAGAAGACGAGGCGUCACUUGCGCCGCCGGAAUGGUCAGGUCCAGGGAGUCUGGGGAACAGCGCACAGCAGUCAAGUCUAUAUCUCCACGAGCCCGUCGACAGUGGGAAACUGGGGUUAAACAGCAUAGCGCUCGACGACGCUUGGCCGUACCUCAAAGCUAAGCUUUUGGUGGUGUUUGAGGGCGAGGACUUGCGCCUUCCGAUCGAAGACCUGAACAGGGUUGUCACGAUGCAUAUACAGUACACUCUCGCCAAGGGCCAGCCCAGCAUCAUCAUCGAUGACCUCAGGGAUUUGCUGGGCACGGGUUUCGCGUAUCUUGAUACGGCGCUGCGACGAACGCCAGAAGAGAAACUAAUCCCGGCGCUCGUGGAACUUUGGGUUUUUACUUUUACUACCAUACUACCGUAUAUGCAGGCGGUUUUCCUCCCCUUGGACCUCGAGUUCAGCGGCACGGGGUCCCUCAUGACGGCAGAACGCGCCCGCGACUUCUGGGGCGGCGUAAGGGCGCGGUCAGGCUCGCAGUCGCACGCCGAGAUAGUACCAGUAUCGUCGGUUCUCAACGUACGGCGCAUGGUCCUGACGAGCUUCAGAGACAGCGUCAUCCUGCCGCGCUACGACACGCUCAAGGCCAUGUUCUCACGGCUCUCGCUGGAAUUCCUCCCGCAAUCCCUCGCCAGCAUGGCCCUCGCCUCGCCCAUGCCUAUCCCCAAGCAGCAGGAUUCGGGCAUGAGCGGCAACACCAUGUUCUCGGCGUCGUCGCUGCACCUCGGCACCUCGCCCGACGGCUCGUACGGCGCCCGGCCCGGCACCGCCAUGUCGCUCGACCCGUCCAUGGCGAGCUACAAUUCGACCGGCUCCACACUGCUAGGCGACAUGACCUCAAUGGGCAGCAGCGUCAGCCGCAGCCGCGGGCUGAGCAACGUCUCGCACGGCUCGGCGGACGGGCUGCUCCGGCCUUUUACCCCGAACCGCACAGGUAGCAACAACAGCAACACUAACAACAAUAACAACACGAUACAAGAACAAAACGUCGAGAACAGCAAGCAAGUCACCGAGAUGGUCGGCCGUAUGCUUCAGUGCAUGAGUGUGCUGUCGGGCAUGGAUGGCGUCGGCGGCGGCGGUGGUGGAGUAGGAGCAGGCCCCGGUGGUGGUGGUGGCGACGAUCAAGAUAGCCGCGUCGCGGAGCUGUGCCGGCUGCUCAAGCUCAACUGGCUCGGCAGGGGCCGCACGGGCAGGAACAGGCGAGGCCUCGUCGGCGGGAGGGUCAGGCGCGGCCCGGGGGAUCUAUCGGCCGCCGUCGGCGGCGGCGGCGGCAUGUUUGGGACGGGCACGGUCAGGGAGGAGCUCAGCGUGCCUUAG